AUGUGCGAGGGGAGGGGGUGUGGCCAGUCCCGGCUCAAGAGCCAGUCACAGAUGAGAGCCGAACGAAAAGGGGCGGAGCCCCCCGUCCUGGCUGCCAAUGCACAGGGGCCUUCUGCGAGUCUGACGUCCCGGAGGGGACUUGGUAGUACCCCUGUCCCUAGGUUGGCACGCUGGACUAAUGUCCUGUGGCCCGAGGCGGCCGGUUCUCGCCGCGCCACGCUGCCGGCUCCCGCGUGCUCAGUGACCGUGCAGAAAGGGCUGCGCUUUCCUGACGCACGUUAG